AUAAAACCACCUGAUCAAGGAGAGGGAAGGCAGAGCAGAGCUCAGAGUGAAAGCUACCAGCGGCGAGAAGCGCGCAGCGACCCCUCGGCGGCGGACGGACCCGCGGCCCCGGCCAUGCCUGCGCCCUGGCUGAGCUGCGGCCUCUGCUUGGUGCUCCUCCUGCCUGCAGCCCCGGCCACCUCCAGGAGGGAAGUGUGUGACUGCAACGGGAAGUCCAGGCAGUGCGUCUUUGAUCCUGAGCUUCACAGACAGACAGGGAGCGGAUUCCGCUGUCUCAACUGCAAUGACCACACGGAUGGCCCUCACUGUGAGCGGUGCCAGCACGGGUUCUACCGACAGAGGGAGAGGGACCGCUGCUUGCCCUGCAGCUGUCACGCCAAAGGUUCUCUUAGCGCUGGAUGUGACAACUCUGGACGGUGUAGCUGCAAGCCAGGUGUGACAGGAGACAGGUGUGACCGAUGUCUGCCAGGCUUCCACAUGCUCACUGACGCCGGGUGCACCCGAGACCAAAGGCUACCAGACUCCACGUGUGACUGUGACCCAGCUGGUAUCUUGGGGCCCUGUGACGAGGGCCGCUGCGUCUGCAAGCCAGCUGUCACCGGAGAGCGCUGUGACAGGUGUCGACCAGGUUAUUACCACCUGGAUGGGGGAAACCCUGAGGGCUGUACCCAGUGUUUUUGCUAUGGGCAUUCAGCCAACUGCCACAGCUCUGGAGACUACAGUGUCCAUAAAAUCACCUCUACUUUCUCUCAAGAUGUUGAUGGCUGGAAGGCUAUCCAAAGAAACGGGUCUCCUGCAAAGCUCCAGUGGUCCCAGCAUCAUCGGGACGUGUUCAGCUCAGCACGACGAUCAGACCCCGUCUAUUUUGUCGCUCCUGCCAAAUUUCUUGGGAAUCAACAGGUGAGCUAUGGGCAAACCCUGUCUUUUGACUACCGUGUGGACAGGGGAGGCAGACACCCAUCCGCCCACGAUGUGAUCCUGGAAGGUGCUGGUCUACGGGUCACAGGUCCUUUGAUGCCUCUGGGCAAGACGCUGCCUUGUGGGAUCACCAAGACUUACACGUUCAGAUUAAAUGAACGUCCAAACAGUAAUUGGAGCCCCCAGCUGAGUUACUUCGAGUAUCGGAGGUUAUUGCGUAACCUCACAGCCCUGCGGAUCCGAGCUACUUAUGGAGAAUACAGUACUGGGUACCUCGACAAUGUGACCCUGAUUUCAGCCCGCCCCAUCUCCGGAGCCCCAGCUCCCUGGGUCGAACAGUGCGUGUGUCCCGUUGGCUACAAGGGCCAGUUCUGCCAGGAUUGUGCUUCCGGCUACAAAAGAGAUUCUGCCAGACUGGGACCUUUUGGCACCUGUAUUCCAUGUAACUGCCAGGGGGGAGGAGCCUGCGAUCCAGACACAGGAGACUGUUAUUCAGGGGAUGAAAACCUUGACAUCGAGUGCGCCGACUGCCCCAUCGGUUUCUACAACGACCCACACGACCCCCGCAGCUGCAAGCCAUGUCCCUGCCACAAUGGGUUCAGCUGCUCUGUCAUGCCAGAGACAGAGGAGGUGGUGUGCAAUAACUGUCCCCAGGGGGUCACGGGAGCCCGCUGUGAGCUCUGUGCUGAUGGAUACUUUGGGGACCCCUUUGGGGAACGUGGCCCAGUGAGGCCUUGUCAGCCCUGUCAGUGCAACAACAACGUGGACCCCAGUGCCUCUGGGAACUGCGACCGCCUGACAGGCAGGUGUCUGAAGUGCAUCCACAACACGGCAGGUGUCCACUGCGACCAGUGCAAAGCAGGCUACUUUGGGGACCCGUUGGCUCCCAACCCGGCGGACAAGUGUCGAGCUUGCAACUGCAACCCAGCGGGCUCAGAGCCUGGGGAAUGUAGAAAUGAUGGCAGCUGUGUUUGCAAGCCGGGAUUUGGCGGCCUCACCUGUGAGCAUGCAGCACUAACCAGCUGUCCAGCUUGCUAUAAUCAAGUGAAGAUUCAGAUGGACCAGUUUAUGCAGCAGCUCCAGAGCCUGGAGGCCCUGGUUUCAAGGGCUCAGGGUGGUGGCGGAGUGGUGCCUGACACAGAGCUGGAAGACAGGAUGCAACAGGCUGAGCAGGCCCUUCAGGACAUUCUGAGAGAAGCCCAGAUUUCAGAAGGUGCUAGUAAAUCUCUCAGUCUCCAGCUGGUCAAGGCAAGGAGCGAAGAGAAUAGCUACUGGAACCGCCUCAAUGACCUCAAGACGACUAUGGAAAGACUCCGGGCCCUGGGCAGUCAGUAUCAGGACCGAGCUCAGGAUACUCACAGACUGGUCACCCAGCUGCACCUGAGCCUGGAGGAGAGCGAGGCCUCCCUGAGAAACACUAACAUUGCUUCCUCAGAGCACUACGUGGGGCCAAAUGGUUUUAAAAGCCUGGCCCAGGAGGCCACAAGAUUGGCAGACAGCCAUGUUGGGUCAGCCAGUAACAUGGAGCAGCUGGUAAGGGAAACCGAGGACUAUUCCAAACAAGCACUGUCACUGGCACACAAGGCCCUGCAGGAAGGAGGCGGCGGGGGCAGCGCGGACGGCUCUGCGGUGCGAGGGCUUAUGGGAAAGUUGGAGAAAGCCAAGUCCCUGGCCCAGCAACUGUCGGGGGAGGCCACUCAAACUGACACUGAAGCAGAAAGGUCUUAUCAGCAUAGUCUUCGCCUUCUCAAUUCUGUGGCUCAGCUGCCAGGAGUCAAUGAUCAGUCUUUCCAGGUGAGGGCAUUGAAGAGGAUCAAACAAAAAACUGACUCUCUCUCAAGCCUGGUGACUAGGCGUAUGGAUGAGUUCAAGCAUGUGCAAAGCAGUCUGGGAAACUGGGAAGAAGAAACCCAGCAGCUCUUACAGAAUGGAAAGAAUGGGAGACAGACAUCAGAUCAGCUGCUUUCCCGUGCCAACCUUGCUAAAAGCAGAGCCCAAGAAGCACUAAGUAUGGGCAAUGCCACUUUUUAUGAGGUUGAGAACAUCCUAAAGAACCUCAGAGAGUUUGACUUGCAGGUUGAAGACAGAAAAGCAGAAGCAGAAGAGGCCAUGAAGAGACUCUCCUACAUCAGCCAGAAGGUCGCAGAUGCCAGUGACAAGACCAAGCAAGCAGAAACAGCCCUGGGCGGUGCUGCUGCCGACACCCACAGGGCCAAGACCACAGCCAGGGAGGCCCUGGAGAUCACUGACAAGAUAGAACAGGAGAUAGGAAGUCUGAACUUGGGAGCCAAUGUGACAGCAGAUGGAGCCUUGGCCAUGGAGAAGGGACUGGCCACACUGAAGAGUGAGGUGAGGGAAGUGGAAGGAGAGCUGGCCAGAAAGGAGCAAGAGUUUGACCUGGAUAUGGACGCAGUGCAGAUGGUAAUUACAGAAGCCCAAAGAGUUGAUAACAGAGCCAAGAAUGCUGGAGCUACGAUCCAAGACACACUCAACUCAUUGGACAGCAUCCUACACCUCAUAAGUCAGCCUGGCAGUGUGGAUGAAGAGAAGCUGAUCUUAUUGGAGCAGAAGCUCUUCCGGGCCAAGACUCAGAUCAACAGCCAGCUGAGGCCCUUGAUGUCAGAGCUGGAAGAGAGAGCACGUCGGCAGCAGGGCCACCUCCAUGUGCUGGAGAUGAGCAUAGAUGGGAUUCUAGCUGAUGUGAAGAACCUGGAGAACAUCAGGGACAACCUGCCUCCAGGCUGCUACAAUACCCAGGCUCUUGAGCAACAGUGAAUCUGCUCUAGAGAUUUCCCAACUGAGGUUCUUGGGAUGCAUAACUCAGGAGCCAUCUCAUGUGGUUGGGGUGGGAUGGAGACAUUUGAACAUCUUGAAUGGGCAUGCU